GACGGCGGCGGCGCGGGGGAGCGUCGGACGCAGAAAGAAGGGCCGAAGGGGGCAAGGGGUGGUGGCGUGGUGCCAGCCAGCGGCGAGGGAGACUGCACGGGCGAGCCCAGUAGGCAGCCGCGGAGGGCACUCCACGCUCCGGCGGAUAUGUGGCAGCGGCACCAGGCUCUCCUCCGCCGGCUCCCGCCGCUGAGGACGGGGGCGCAGUCCGGCGGCGGGCUGGGAUGCUACUACGGGUCUGCGCCAGAGGGGAGGAAGGGAAAGACGGCGCCCCUGCAGGCGAGGGGGAUGGUGGACAAGUUCCGAAUGCGCGCCAAGGGUGGCGACGGCGGCAAUGGCUGCGUCAGCCUCAGGCGCUCGAGGUCCGACCGCCAAGGCAGGCCCGACGGUGGUAAUGGAGGAAAGGGAGGUGAUGUCAUUCUUGAGUGCUCAAGGUCUAUCUGGGAUUUCAGUGGUUUGCAGCAUCACAUGAGAGGAGGCCGAGGCGGCAAUGGAGUUUCUAAGAAUCAGAUAGGAACAAGAGGUUCUGACAAGAUCGCACAAGUACCAGUAGGCACGGUGAUUCAUCUAGUCGAAGGGGAGCAACCUUCUUUUUCAGUAAAUAAACCAACCAGAGUUCUUGAUCCCUGGGACAUACCUGGUGUUGCUGAACACUCCUCUGCCAGUUCGAAUCAGAUUGAUAAUGUAGUGAUGAAAGGUUUUGAUGGUGGCUUAUCCCAUCGGUAUAUCGCGCUCAAGCAUAAUACUGAUGGAAAUGAAGCUGAAAAGGAAAGCAACAGUCACCCGGAAAAUAAAAAAUACUUGCAUACGCGCUCCGAGUCUGGAUUCACAAACACUGAUUGUGAUGUAAGAACCUAUCCAUGUCAGGAGGAGAUAGAUGACAAGGAUCAGACUGAAAGCGAGGAUGGUGAGUUUUGGGAGGAUGAAGAUGAGUUCGACAUUGAUGAUGAGGAGGAGGAAGACGAAGAGAGGCAGGAACAAGAUGUGCAAUAUUCUGUUGCUGAAAUGACAAAACCUGGGCAACGGUUGAUCAUUGCACGAGGAGGGGAAGGUGGACUGGGGAAUGCUUUUAUCAUGAAGGAGAUGCGACCAUCCAAAGCAUACAGACAAGACAAGAUAGCCCGCUUGAGUACUGGGCAGCCAGGAACCGAAACCUUCCUCAUCUUGGAACUGAAGAGCAUCGCAGAUGUCGGUCUGGUUGGAUUGCCUAACGCCGGAAAAAGCACAUUGCUGAGCGCUCUCUCUAGGGCACAGCCAGAGAUAGCCGACUAUGAAUUCACCACACUAAGGCCCAACAUUGGCAGCCUAACCUAUGAGGACUACUUCUCUGUGAAAGUGGCUGAUAUCCCUGGUCUGAUCAAAGGAGCCCACGAGAACCGUGGCCUGGGCCAUGCUUUCCUGAGGCACAUAGAGCGCACCAAAGUUCUCGCCUAUGUGCUUGACCUUGCUGCCACACUCAACGGCAGGAAGGGCAUCCCGCCAUGGGAGCAACUGCAGGAUCUGGUCACAGAGCUGGAGCAUUACCAAGAAGGCUUGACGAGGCGACCAUCACUGAUCGUCGCAAACAAGAUAGAUGAAGAGGGAGCUGAUGAAAUGUACGAGGAACUGAAGAGGAGAGUGCAUGGUGUCCCGAUAUUUCCAGUGUGCGCUAUCUUGCAGGAGGGGGUACCGAACCUGAGAGUUGGUCUUAGAAACCUAAUGGAUGAUUCAGAUCCCCAGAGCAUGGAUUUGAGAAAAAUCACUGUCCAAUGAGGCUGCAUGUUUCUUUUUCACCCAUAAGAUACUGAUGCAGAGGACAAGUGUGUUGUGAUUUCUCCCACCCAGAACCACAUGAUUAGGUGGAUUAGAUAGUUGGGCUCUUUCUUUCUUCUUUUUGUGUUGCUUAUAUAACGAUAGGUCAUUUACAAUGUUUCAGGAAAUCAGUGUAUAAUAAUAUCAAAUUGGGAACUAGUAUCCCUUGUUAGUUCUUACCUCAGAAGAGCAGAAAUGUGUUGUAACUGGAAAUGGCUCUUUUGAAUCAGAGUUGCUGACACAUUGAUUUUAUUCAGGAAUAAGUGCAGUAGCACUUGAUGAGAAAA